UCGACUCCGGCUCACUACCGCUCUGCACACAAACACUCACCACAGAGGGAGCUGCACUCCUGUCGGGACGCGCUAUGCCACUGAAAUGCAGAGUUAUAAGGCGAUAGGGCUGAGGCGACACUACUUUAAAACAAAAAGCGAUUGUUCUGCUUGUCAGUAAUCCUGUUAUUUUACUUCAAGUGACAACUUCUUUAAGUUCUCCUCUCUUCCGGCUUUCACACUUCGCCUGCUGACGCCGAGAAUACAGUGGUGAUAUUUGGGAAUAUUCGCUUGAAUUCAAGUCUAUCUAGGAGAAACGAAAUUAUCCCGGAAAGUCGUCCUUAUGGUUGGUUUUUACACGACCCAUUACUAACGUACACAUGGAGCAACACCUAGGAUAUGGAUGACUAUCUGUACAAGCUGCUAAAUGGUGUUAAGAGUCUGGAUACACUUCAGAGAGGGAAUGAACGAACCAUUAAAAUACUUAAGCAAAUAUUUACCAUUUUCUGGUAAGGAAACUGGUCAUUCGACUGAUUGAUGUAACCUCGGAGAUCAACUUUUAAAGACUCUUAGCAGACAUUAACCUUGCAGCAACUUCGCAGUUGCAAAAUACUCUACUCUGAUGUUCGACAACACUUCUGCUUGUGGAAUUACAUAGCCUCAUACCGAAGAGGCUCAUCCAGUUCAAGGACCUAACUCCAGACCUUCAUCAAUAAGAAUCCCUCUUGGCUGGAAGGCACAUUUCCCUCCUGCAAUCAAAUGGCAUGGGUAAAGUUCUUCAGGAAACCAGGGGGCAAUCUCGGCAGGGGCUACCAGCCUGGGUCUAUGCUGUCCCUGGCUCCUACCAAAGGACUUCUCAAUGAGCCGGGACAGAACAGCUGCUUCCUGAACAGCGCAGUGCAGGUGCUGUGGCAGCUCGACAUAUUUAGGCGGAGUCUACGGCAACUUCCCAAACAUUACUGCUUAGGGGAAGCCUGCAUCUUCUGUGCAUUGAAGGGGAUAUUCUCACAGUUUCAGGACAGCAGAGAGCGAGCGCUACCUUCAGACAACCUGCGCAUUGCCCUGGCAGAGACUUUUAAGGACGAGCAACGUUUCCAGUUAGGCUUUAUGGACGAUGCUGCAGAAUGCUUUGAGAACAUUCUAGAGAGGAUCCACCUCCAUAUUGUUCCUGAUGUUGAUACAGAUGCCUGUACGUCCAAACACUGCAUCACACACCAGAAGUUUGCCAUGACUCUAUACGAGCAGGCUGUAUGCAAAAGCUGCGGAGCCUCUUCUGACCCCCUGCCCUUCACUCAGUUAGUGAACUAUGUUUCAACUACAGCUCUUUGCCAACAGUUCCUUGAGAGGAAAGAAGAAAAGCUCCGUUCUGACAUGUUUGGUGAAUUGCUCCAGGCAGCCAGCACCAUCGGAGACCUACGCGAAUGUCCAAGUAAGUGCGGUCAGGUGAUCAAGAUCCGGCGGGUGUUGAUGAACUCCCCGGAAAUCGUCACGAUCGGUUUCGUGUGGGACUCGGAGCAGUCGGACCUGACUGAGGACGUUAUCAAAUCUCUCAGACCGCACCUUAGCCUCUCAGGGCUUUUUUACCAUGUCACAGAUGAACAAGCCAAAAAGAGUGACCUGCAGCUGGUUGGGAUGAUCUGCUACACAAGCAGACACUACUGUGCCUUUGCUUUCCACACCAAAUCCUCCAAAUGGUUCUUUUUUGAUGAUGCCACAGUCAAAGAGGUGGGCCCUAAAUGGAAGGACGUGGUUACUAAAUGCAUCCGAGGACACUUCCAGCCGCUGCUCUUGUUCUACUCUGACCCCGAGGGGAGCGCUGUGAGGGGAGCGGAGGUCCCUCGCAGUGACAGCUCUGCUAGCCAUGUCAAGCCCACAGCUAACGGUGAAAUACCAGGCACCCCACAGCCAAGCAGUAAGAAGCUGGAACUGACUCGAGAAAACCUGAGCGCUAUGUUAUCAGGUCAUGGUACUUUAAAGCAGAAGACCCAGCCUCUGUCAGCGUUUAAACGUGGCACCAACCAGACCAGCGGCGGGAGAGGACCAGUAAAAAUAAGCAGUGAUCCAAGGGGCUUCUUGCGAGAGCUUUCCAGAGAAGUAGCCAGAGAAGCUCGGAACAUUAACAUCAUAAAGAAAGACACUGAUAAAUCACAGCAGAGGCCAGAAACACCGAGACAGAAAGACACAGUCUCCGAGAGGUCCUACUCCAGAUCACUCUCUCCUCCUGAAGAUGGAUUUAAAAUUUCAGAGUCUCGGCUGUAUAGAAGUCAGGGCGUGGGCCCGACGCGGGCGGAGCGCUCUCCUCGCGCCAACAGGCGUGUGGCUCAUGCACCACGUUCACAUUCUCAGCCUCGGAUGCCGGUUCGGCCUCCAGCCAGCAGUCCAUCCCCAAGAACAAAUUUCUCUAAUGGUUACGAUACGGACAGUAGCAAUGAGUCGAGAGCAACGCGUGCACGUGCUGACCGAGGUUGGAAGCCCAUGCGUGAGGUCCUCAAUGUAGACAGUAUACUAAGCAACGACACCGAGCAUCGUCCCGCUACCGUAACUCAACCAAAGAGGCUGCCCUACGUGCGCGAGUCCAGUUGGCCGGCGCGUGAAGAGGGAAAACCUAAAAACUUGAUGACUAUCUACGAGGACGAGCAGCGACAUGAACUGGGUAGCAGAAGCUCCUUGGAAUCAGAAAGUCAUGACAAGGAAAGGACUAAAGGCACGGUUAACCAAUUUACACUGAGAAAAGAAAACCAGAGGAAAUACCAACGAAUGGAAUCUGGAUACGAGAGCAGCGACAGACUCAGCAAUGGCUCGGCUAGUUUGGACUCUUCGGCGGUGGAGACUGUAGGCACGAAAGAGCAACGGCGUGUCCCUGUGGUAUACCAGCUGAGGGACCCAGAUUUCCCGCAGAGGUAUGAGGACUCGAAGGCAGACAGGUCACAGACACCGAUUUCCUUUGGUGAAUUGAGAGGAAAAGCCCUCGAGCCUUUUUCCAGAAACAGAAGAGGUCAGCUGGACAGACCCGACAGAGUGAAUGGUAGUACUGGGACUGCACAUUUAAGCAAGACGAGCAGCUCGGAGUGGAACAGCUCUGAUGAUUUGUCCGGCCCUGUAUCAGCGCGUGAGGAUUCUUUAUCUAACACUGAUUUGUCUUCGAAUGCUCACCAGCCAUCCCAGAGUCUUUCUCGAACCUCAGCCCCACCGUUACCCCCCAAACCCCAAGUCCUGAGAGUUGAAAACAGGAGGGGUUUAACUCAAGCCUCAGGUUACAUGCUACCCAAAUUGCCAGUCAAUAAAGGAGCAGCGUUGUCGAGGAUCAGCUCAGACGUAUGGCUUGAAAACUCUGAGCCACACAUGCUCUCCUCAUCAGACAGCAGCUCUAAAUCCGGCUCGUCCGACCAGGAGAGGAACGAUCUGUCUGCCAGUGAGAACGAGGACAAGAGUCCCACCAUCCCUGAUUGUUACACCGAAUCCACUAUCGCAGGAGAGUAUGCAAUCCCCACUACCUACUUUUCUGUUGAUAGCUGCAUGACAGACACUUACCGGGCUAAGUACCAUAAGAAAAGAUCUGCUCUUCAUACAGCAGCAGAUUCUAAAACAGGAGAGCACGCAUCUUCUAGUGAGAGCGAUUAUGGAGAAAGGACAUCCCCAGCUUCUACAGACUUUAACUUCCAAGAUCUGUCCAAAGCCAGGAAAGAAACAGGCCAUGUUAGCAGUAAACCAAUCGUAAAAUGGAAUCCUGUUUCUGUGAAGGGACUGGAUGAACAUGGCUUCCUCUGACACACAAGAUGAGGCCCACCAGACAUAAAGAUCUAAAAUGGUGGUUUUAAAGUGGACGUAGUGACCAGGAGAGCCGACGCUAAGAAGAGAGAGCCGAGCUCUUACCUUCGCUCACUUUUUAAAACACAUCAGAUCCAUUAAAGGAAAACUUUUAUGGACUUUUUGCUAUUGCACCUUUUAUGAGCCAUCAGAGAAUAAUAAUAAAAAAAAAAAUCUUAUCCGAUUGCUUUUUUAAUGAUUAUAUUUUAAUCUGUGUUAUUGCAGAUUUCAGAAUGUAGAAAGCUACUAUAAGAGCCAAGGCAUCGGUGAACUACUGUUUGCAUCACUGUGUUUAGGAAUGUUUUCAGUGCAGUUGGAUAAUAGCACAUUGGUUAUUUAUAUGUAUGGAAGAUGUUUUACAUCUGCUGUGUAUGAUAGUUUCUGUGGUAUGGUAAAGGAUUUUAAGAAUAUUUAGU